AUGAGUGGCCGCAGCCAGAAGAAAAUUGUGAAAAAAACCACAAAGAAUACCCGUGGAAGUUACUCCAUCUUAAACGACGAGCUUCACGAUGCUGCUGCCACCCCUACUGGCACAGAUGAUCAGGCAGAUCCUGCUAACAACUUGGGCUCUCUCCCAUCAUCUGGUGUGGAGCUGGCAGAUUAUCUUAAAGCUGCAACCAGCAACUUUGAAAAGGUAAUGGAUGAAGCUGUACAAUCUUUGAUUGAAAGUGUGCGGAAAGUGGAAAGGGCCCUUGAGUUUGAGGGUCAGCGAAUCAACGAACUUGAGAAAAAGAAUGCUGAGCUUGAGUACAGAUUGGGCAGGAUGGAGAAAUCUUUUACAGAUUUAGCACAGAGGGUUGGAAGCCAUGACAGCGAUGUCAACAAGGCUGAGCGCUCCUCACGAAGGAACAACUUUCGUGUAAUAGGAAUACAAGAAUCCUUGGAUGUUGGAUUAGAAGACUGUGCUCAGAUAGUAGAGGACAUUAUAAAAACCAAAUUUAAAUUGGAAGUCAAGGUGGAACGUGCCCUGCGUGAAGGAAGGAAAGGAGAUAACCCCCGUCAUAUCAUUGUGAAGACUUCUUCGUAUGAUGAGAAAGUCGCCAUCAUGAAGAGUGCAAGGGAAGCUUUGAAGGAGGAUCCUUUUUACUUUGUCAAUGACCUAACCAAGCGUGAUCUGGAGCAGAAAAGGAAACAUAAGAAGGAAGUUCAAGAUCUAUAUUCUAAAGGUACUAAACUUCGCUUCUACGCUGGACAGUGGAGAGGCAAUGGAGGAGUGCCAUACUUUACUGCGUAG